CAUAAAGUAGAAAGAUGCACACAGUCGCCAUUUACUACAUUCCAAGCUCUAUAGACUACAAUGGAUUUGUUAAACGAUAAUGAGAUUGCGUUAAUUGCUAAGCAAUGCGGUUGUAGUGAAGUUAAAAGUUGGCAUCUAGAAGAUUUUUCGGAUAAAAUCGUUGGAUAUUUAGCUGACCAUCUCAAACUUACGAUAGAAGUGGAGUUAAAAGGAGAGACAAAACAACUUAAAUAUUUCGUGAAGUGCAUGCCAAGGUUCGAUAAAUUGAAAGCGCAAUAUUUAAAAGAGUUAAAGUUUUUCAAAAAGGAAUAUGUCAUGUUGAGCUCGCUCUUUAAAGAAUUCGGAAAUAGUGAAGGUUCACGUCAGUGGAGGCCGAAAUCAUUAUUGGUAAAAGAAGAAGUUUUCAUAUUACAAGACGUUGGAGAAAUCGGCUAUGUGAUGCCACAUCACCAAAGUAUUUUGUCACUUGAUGUGUUGAAAGCCAGUGUGGAAGCACUAGCAAGAUUCCACGCUCAAUCUAUAACAUAUGAAGAGAUAAAGAGUCGAGAAUUAGGAAGACCAUAUCGGAUAUGGGAAGACUACAGUGACUACCUUCAGGAACCUGAGAGCGGAAUAGACUGGCGCGACACGGGACGGAACGCUGUUAUAGAUUUCCUUAAAGUGCAUUCAAAAUUCAAAGGCGAACCCAACUUUAACCGCCAUUUAGAGCUAGUAAUUCCUAUGCUGUUCGACGGUGCUAUGGCUCUCAUGAAACCCAACACUGAAUACAGGAAUGUUGUAGUGCACCGUGACCUUUGGACUAAUAACUUAUUUGUGAAGCAACAAAACAACUCGUGUCACGUAUUAAUUAUUGAUUUUCAAACAGUAUUAUACUGUGCACCCAUGCUUGACCUUUGUGCUUUGAUAUUCUUCAACACUACGAGAGCAGGUAGAAAGCUAUAUACUAACGACAUGAUUGAAGUAUAUUAUAAUGCUCUUGCUAAUGAACUCCUACAUGCAAAUAUAGACAUAGCAGAUAUUACUGAUAAAGAUGCACUUGUUAAGUCGUAUAGGGAGAGCGUAAUGUUUGGAAUAACACAAGCUGCGUUAAUAGUGCCGAUAAUAGCUAUGAGUAGUAAAAAACGGGAAGAAAUAUAUUGUAAUCCCGAAACAGGUAUGAAAGCGAAUGUGGUUUCCCGUAGUGAACACUUUUUAGGAUUCGCGCGUGAGAACACUGAUUAUCGUAACCGAUUGUUAGAUUUAUUGGAUGAAAUUGUUGAAAGGUACAUGUAUCCGAAUGAAAGUAAGCAAAACUAUAAAGAAAAAUAUUAAA